AAGACUAAUCUCCAAAAGAGUCAUUUAUUUGGCAUUGGGGUGGAGCAUAAUUUUAUUGACCAUUGGGCUCACCUUAUCUCCUGCAAGAAUGGGAAGGACUCCAUUCUGCAUGGCAGAGGGUUUGAAGAAAAAAGCGUGGACAGCUGAAGAAGACCAGAAGCUCAUAGCUUAUAUACAAAAACAUGGCGAAGGAGGCUGGCGUUCCCUACCCGAAAAAGCUAGUCUUCAGAGAUGUGGGAAGAGCUGUAGGCUUAGAUGGGCAAAUUAUCUUAGAUCUGGUAUUAAGAGAAGGGACUUCACCCCCGAGGAAGAUCAAACCAUCAUUGAACAUCAUGCUGCACUAGGCAACAGGUGGGCAGCAAUAGCCAGGCACUUACCAAAGAGGACAGAGAAUGAGAUUAAGAACUAUUGGAACGCUCAUCUCAAGAAACGCUUAGCUACUAUGAGUAUAGGUUCGGUGACUCAUAAGCCUGUGGGCACCACACCUGGCUUAUCCAGCGGAAAUUCCAACACCAUAGGCAAUGCGGAGCCGCCCAUGGUUCAUACUAAAAGUGCAACAACGCAAGAAUCUGAACCAACACUGCAACAGCCGACAUCAAGGUCUACCUCAGCUUCAGCUCUGCUACUUAAUAAGUUAGCCUCCAGGGUCAACAUGUUGCAAAGUGUUGAUCUCAUAAGAGCUUGUCAAAUUAUGCAAUUGAUGUCAUCUAAGGGCAUUGGUGAUGGUGGUGCUACUGCCAACAAUGAAAGUGUUAUUUGCCACCCUACAUCAAAUUGUCAGGGAAAUAAUACAUCAACAGCACCAGACACAUCGAUUGGGCUAGAUAUUGCUGAUCUACUCACAACACCUUUAAAUUGCCAAGAUUUGUCAGAGAUAAUUUCUCCGGAGUCAGCAAAAUGCAACGCUAGUGAUGAUGGUGGUGUUAGUGUUGAUAAUUAUAAAAUCGAAGAUCCUGUAGCUGAUGCAUUGAGCAUUCUAGAUAAUAAUGCAUCAACACCUGCAAGCUCUUUUUCAAGUACUUCGGAUCGAGUUUCAAACAACAUGGCUUCCAAAUUCGCCUCAUUGCCUUGCGUUGAUGAUGAAAUUCACGAUUGACAGAACAACCUUCCGGGACCAA